AUGCCUAACAACGCUUCUAUUCAAGGCGUGUUUGACUUCUUCGCACCUUUUACUCUUGUCCGACCAGUAACAUUUACAACACUCCUUUUCGUAGCCUCGAUAUGGAUAUAUCUGUACACUCGCAAGGCUGUGAAAUACCGUCAAGAUAUUGAAUUCGGGGAACGGAGUGGAUGCAAACCAUCGGCUGCGAAGCUCCGUUAUGAAUGGCCUCUGGCACUAGAUGUCAUGAAAAGUGGUUUCCAAGCAGGACGCGAAAAGAAACUGCUGGCUUUCUUCACUCAACACUUUGAUCAAUUGAGCCCAACUGCUGAAGUCAAAAUUCUCGGAGGUAUUGGCUAUGUAACGCAGGAUCCCGAGAAUAUUGAGGCAAUCCUUUCUACGCAAUUUCAGGAUUUUCAUCUUGGACCUCGCAGUAUGGCCAUGCAUGCGAUGAUCGGUGAAGGAAUUUUUACCCAAGACGGUGCUGCCUGGAAAAAUUCGCGUGAGGUUCUUAGACGCCAGUUUAUGCGGAUGCAGUACCAGAACUUAAAGGACUUCAGCGAGCAUCUUGAAAACUUGGUCGAGAGGUUGAAUACUUCUACCGGCGUCACAGAUCUUCAGCCGAUGUUCUAUCGACUGACGCUCGACACGACCAUAGCUAUGAUACUGGGACAGCCCGUUGAGAGUUUCAAACAUGAAAUCGGCGACUUGUUCUCGAAAGCCUUCGACAGAGCGUCUCUAGUCACUGGUACACGUGCCCGUCUUGGGGAUAUGUAUUUCCUAUACCGCCCCAAAGGAUUCUUCAAGGCUUGUGAGACGAUUAAAAAUUACACCUAUCAGUUUGUCGCAGACGCCUUGCAGCGAGAAGUGGAAAGCCCAGUCGAGUCUGAAAAGUCUUCAUUCAUCGCGGAACUGCACCAAGAUAACCAAGACCUGCAACUCGUUCGAGACCAAGUACUGAAUGUGUUGAUCGCUGGACGCGACACCACAGCUGCGACAUUGUCGUACGCCUUCCUUCUUCUUCUGUCUAACCCGGAUGCGUUUGACAUCCUCCGUCGCGAAAUAAAUACCGUUGUCGGCGACGAAAAAGAUGUUACCAGAGCACAUAUUCAGCAGAUGCCCUAUCUGCACAAUGUUCUCAAAGAGAAUACAGCGCUUCGAUUAUAUCCCCCAGUUCCAAUUAAUACUCGCUUCUGCCGGAAGACGACUGCUCUCCCGGUUGGCGGAGGUCCGGACGGGCGUUCACCUCUCCUGGUUCGCGAAGGGAUGCCCGUUGCAUACUCAGUCUACCACAUGCAGAGGCGCAAGGAUUUUUACGGUCCUGACCCGCUGGCUUUUCGACCCGAGAGAUGGGAUGGCCCCGAGCUUGCUAGCAUCGGCUGGGGCUACCUUCCGUUCAAUGGCGGACCGCGACUUUGUCUAGGAAAGGAUUUCGGGCUCAUGCUAGCUUCCUGUGGUAUCGUGCGAGUCAUUCAGGAGUUUCCAGGCAUGAAACUUGCCCCGGGAGAGGUCUUGGAGGAACCAGGAACAGAACGUCAACAUCUCACUCUUACCUUAUCCAACUCUCAAGGGUGCAAAGUCCUUCUUGGCUGA